UGCAUUGCCAUUGGUUGAACGAAAUAUAUCAACAACACACUAAGCCGUCUGUCAGCGGGAGUGUGAAACAGCGUUAAGGGCGUUAGUGCAUCUGGGCAUACCGCUGUGCUCCGUGCAGACGCUCUCCCUUCCUCUGCUUAACUACGAUGGCGUAUAGACAGCGAUCCUUCUUGGUGUUGAACGUGGUGGUGGUGGUGGUGAACUUGUACCUGGGACUAGUGAUGAACCUGACAGUGCUCAGCACUCAAAGCAACACCUCACUACCAUUCAAAAGAAACCUGCACCGUGACAACCUGACCCCGAUGAAGUUGGAGGCCGUGGUCCCAGCAGCCCUUGGCCUCGGGGACGCCAGCGGAAACUUUACGUCACAUGCCUUUGUCUGGGCUGCACAGGAGUGGGUCAACGUGACAGUGGGCGCUGAGGUGUGUCUCGCCACCCACUCCUCCGCGGACCAGCUGCAUUGGAUCGCCCAGCACACACUCCGCUGGUCUGGGCCUAUAUCGGUAGCCAUUUUCGUUUCAGGGAAAGAGUAUGCCGUGGCGGCUAGCAUGGUGGAAUACUUAAGACGGUGUGUGGAUGGAGUGGAGCAGCGUGUAUCCUUCCACUUAAUCCACCCUUUGUCACGACCACCGAAGCCAUCAACGGCAUUCCCGCCAUUCGUGUCAUGCGGUACGCCCCUAAAGGCAAACAAACAACUGGUGGCAGCGCUGGGACACGAAGAAAUUCCAUAUCCGCUCUACCCACAGAACUUAUUGCGGAACCUCGCCCGCCGCGCAUGCCACACACCUCACUCUCUCAGCGUGGACAUGGACAUGAUCCCAUCCCCACACAUGUUCCCACGACUGUCUCGCUUCCUCCACGAUCGUCCUGUGUGUGGGAGGUGUGCCUAUGUGGUUCCGGUGUAUGAGGUGCACAGAAACGUGACCUCCACGCCAUCAGACAAGAUGGACUUGCUGAGGCUUUUAGCACGGGGGCAAGCCAGGAGGUACCAUGUAAAGAUAUACAAGCAGAACCAGGGGAACACACACAUGGAAAAAUGGGAGGUGGAGAGGCCGGGUUACCUGCCCCCUCCUGUGGCAUACGAUAUCCUCUACAACAUCACCAGCUACCAGGAGUUUUGGGAGCCUCUUAUGGUGCUUCCUCGCGGCGCCCCGUACUUUGAUGAGCGCUUUGUGGGCUAUGGAUUCACAAGGAACAGUCAGGUGUAUGAGCUUCACUUGAGAGGUUUCCGGUUCUCUGUAUUGGACGAGGCUUUCCUAACUCACAGCGGCUUCCAGACUGCGGCCUACCCCAGCUGGCGCUACGCUCAGAUCGCGGGCAACUAUAAACGAUAUCUAAUGUUCAAGAAGGAGUUGCAUGCGAGCCUCGGAAAAUAACCACCGCAACGCAGCGUGUCAACAGUCGACAAUUCAUUUUGUCCCAUACACAGGCUCUUAAAAUAAUUGUACCAAAAAAGUGUAAUUCUGAGCCUCCUUUUUGUAAAAAUAUGUUUAAAUAAAAAAGAGAGAUUUCUUUGGUUCUUGUCAAAUAAUUAUAUCUUCAUGAAUAAAACUUGUUGAAAAAC